AUGAGCGGCUACCUCUGGAAAUACUACCUUGAAGAUGAUGUCGACAGCUUCCGGCACAUCCUGGAGCAGCCCUCCCAUAGCACACGACCAGGAGCACAGAAAGGCUUUGUUGGCUGGCAGGGAGGAAGCCUUGGAGCUGCUGUGAACAGUAGCCCCGGAAGCUAUGGGGCAUCCCCCAUUCUGAGCACAAAAGGACGGAAGCCUAUGGGCCAAGCUGCAGUACAUCUGACUCGAUCAGAUAUAAACAGUCGCGACGGAACCGGACUGACUAUACUGCACCAAGCGGCGUCAUCAUCUUUGGAAAACGCCAUUGCAUUCGCUCAGAUUCUUCUAGACCACCCCUUCACCGACUUGUACAUCCAGGAUGCGGAGAACGGAUGGACGGCGCUGCAUCGGGCUUUCUAUUUUGGGAACAUUGCCAUUGCGCGCAUGAUACUCAACCGCGAUGCGCAGGAUAUUCUAGGUCACGGUUCUGGUGGAUACAACCAGCAUGCGCGAGGGCUUGUCAAAAUCAAAGAUAAAGAAGGAUACGGUCCUCUAGAUCUGUUCUCCAUGACCAUUAAGGAUCGAACAUUAAGACCAGAAGAGGGGCCCGUCCAUGAUACAGAUUCAGAUGACGAAGUCGCUCACGGGGAUAGCGGCGACAGAGACGACGAAGCUCGCAAGAGAGUUAUAGUUCCGCUUGUCUCCCUUGGUGGUGAUGAAGCAUACACCUUCGGCAGCAAUAAGAACGUGACGCUUGGAUUUGGAGAUCAGGACGAUCGCCAAUUUCCAGAGCGCAUCAUUCUGAGAAGACCGGAUCAUUUGCUCCAGCGUUUCUAUCACGAACACCACGAAAGGCAAGUUCAAUCUUGGGCUUCUUUGGGUGUGUCUCUUCAAACCACUGAAGCCCUUCGGCCAAAAGCGAUCGCGGAUCUUCCAAUCAAUAUUCGACACACCCCUAUCAUAAUCCAGGACUUUGAAAUGUCUAAGCUGCAUACCGCUGUGCUUACGACUGACCCUGUAUCAAAUCUUUACAUGUGCGGGCAUGGCCCCGGGGGCCGCCUUGGAACGGGAAAUGAGACUACCCGGUACCAGUUCACUUGCAUUGAGGGCGGCGGACUGGCACAGAAGAAGGUUUCUGGGAUUGCAUUGGGUCAGAAUCACACACUCGCCAUAACUGACGAAGGGGAAAUCUACUCCUGGGGCAAUAAUGCCUUCGGCCAACUAGGCUAUACACUUCCAAAGCCAAGCGUCAAAGACGACGACCCCAUCUCAACUAUUCCUCGUCAAAUCUUCGGCCCACUGAAACGAGAAAUAAUCAUUGGCAUCGCGGCAUCGCGUAUCCACUCAGUCGCCCAUACUACCGCAUCCCUCUACACUUUUGGUAAAAAUGAAGGGCAGCUCGGCAUUGUUGAUUCUGAUGCUCGUUCGCUCGAGAUUCAGGUCAUCCCAAGGAAGAUUGCAGCCUCCCUAUUCGCAUCAUCCAUCACAUCUGUGUCAGCUAUAGAAGGAGCCACUAUUUGUCUGCUCGAGACUCGGGAGGUCUGGGUUUUCGCAAACUACGGAUACGCAAGGCUGAAUUUCCCUCUGGAUGGCUUCACUAACUACUUCUUGAAGGAGAGCUGGCUUACAACAAAGUACGAGUCUACUCCCAAUAGGAUAAGUAAGAUUACAUCUGGUGGUGACACUAUCUGCGCGCUCUCAACAUCCGGAGAAGUCUUCACCGUCUCAGUUAGUCGACGAUCUGAACCAAGCCUUGAUUCCAGCACCUCUACCACCAAUCCGAAACAAAUCCGUGGUGCCUUGUCGCAGCCAUACCGGAUAUGGUCCUCGAAGAGAGCCCAUAUGGCAGCAAGAGACGUUGGUGUUGAUCAGGAUGGAUCCAUCAUCUUGACCACUGAUGCUGGCAGCGUCUGGAGACGGACGAAACGAGCUACAAUCAAGAAUGCAACCGCGGCCAGGAUUGAUGACUACAGACCCAAAGACUACAAAUUUUUAAGAGUUCCAGGCCUGACCCGGGUUAUCGCUGUAAGAGCAUCUGCAUUUGGUGCAUACGCAGCAAUCCGAAAGGACUGCAAUGUCACUAAAACUCAAAUUGGGGUCGAUGAGCCACUCCUAUGGAAAGAUGUUGCACCUCUUCUCUCUUUCCAUGAGCUUUCUAACUACGAAGAAAGCUCUGAUGACGAAAAUCCCAGCCCACGGUUCUGGCAACGACCAUCAAAUGCCCAGUCUCUGCGCAAACGUGCUUUGAAGUCAAAAGAUCUAGAGGCGGAAAUAAUUGAUAUACUCCACUCAUCCAUGCUAUCUUCUGGUCGUUCCUAUGACCUGGAACUUUCAACAACCCUCUCGGAUCUCCGCAUACCCGCGCACGAGUUCAUAUUAUCAGGGCGUAGUCGAGUAUUCAGGAACGCAAUGAUCGAGUUCCGAACCACAGAAGGCACUUUCGACAUGCAAGAUAUCAUGUCUUUAACCCGUAGUGGUGACAGAACUACUGUAACGUUCCAAGGUCUGGAUUUUCUUACGGUCUUCAAUUUAACUUUGUAUGCCUACACGGACUCGAUCGUGGAUUUCUGGAACGUCACCCGGCAGUUUCCGAAGAUGGCAUACAGGUAUCGCUUAGUGCGAACUGAGCUUAUGAGAAUAGCGUCACGCCUCGAGCUUCGUCAACUCGAACCAGCUGUACGUCAGAUGGUGAAUCCAAGAAAGUCGCUGAACAUGGAUAUGCAAUUGGCGGUAAAAAACCCAUCAUUCUUCGAAAGUGGCAAUAUAAUCGUAGAACUUGCAGAUGGCGAGAUGUCUCUUCACUCUGAUAUCAUUUGCCAACGAUGUCCCUUCUUCGAUGGCCUCUUCAGAGGUCGAGCCGGCGGCCAAUGGCUCUCCAGCAGGCGCACCGAGGAAUCUAAACAGAUUAGGAUUGAUCUUAAGCAUGUCGAAACACGCCUCUUCGAGCUUGUUGUCCGCCACAUUUAUGCUGAUGCUGGCGAGGAGCUUUUUGACGAGGUGAAUAGCGAGGACUUGAAUGACUCCCUCGCUCUUGAAGAGCUUCUUGACCACAUCAUGGAUGUCAUGUCGGUCGCGAACGAGUUGAUGCUUGAUCGAUUGUCUCAGAUCUGUCAACGGUUGAUCGGCCAUUAUGUCAAUGCCAGGAACGUCUGUUCCCUACUCAAUGCCAUCGCACCUAGUUCUGUUUCCGAAUUUAAAGAUGCAGCUCUAGAAUAUGUGUGCCUUAGCUUGGAGGCGGUCAUGCAAAACGGUUCCCUCGACGAGUUGGAUGACGAUCUUAUCCUUGAACUGAACCAGGUUGUUCGCGAUAACCAACUAGCAACCCUGCCAUUUGCAAGGAGUGGACGAGCUGAGGCUAUUCUUUUCGACAAAUAUCCUGAACUUGCGGAGAGGAUUGAAAGAGGAAAGCGCGCUAAAAUAGACGCAAUUGUGCUAUCGAACAAGUUCUCCGAUAGCGACGGUAUUGUUUCGUCUUCCUUCCGAGCGCAAAGUCUUGAAGAACUUUCGACGUCACCAUUGCGACAGAGAAACCGCAGAAAGACUUCACGAGAAACCAAGCCAGGCGCGGAUAGUCCGCAUAUGUUUCCCGCUUUGAAGGACAAAAACUCAGUUCCAGAUCUUAUAUUUGAAAUGUCUGACGAGGAAGAAGAAGAAGAGAAAACGAACAACAAGAUACAACCCUCUCAAUUUACGAGCCGGUCGGCAAGCAAACACCCUAUCCAAACUCCCAUUGGCUCGCCAGAUGAAGCUUGGUCAGAAGUUCGAAGGAAAAGUCGAUCUUCAUCACAUGGGUUAGGCAUUGAAGAAACCACAACUCCUCAAUUGCCUGGUUCAAUGUCACCGAUUGUUACGAAAGAGAUGAGAGCCCCUGGAAGGCCGUGGGGUUCAACGCCAUUGGGAGGCGCAAAACUUGACCUGAAGGAUAUCAUGGCUCAGGCAUCUAGUGAUAAACCCUCAGGCUUGACACUUGGGCUAAGUGGACAAGCAAUUGAGGAGCAGCCGUCUGCUUCUUUCCAAGCUAAGAUGUCUCAGAAGGAGCGAAAGCGAUUGCACCAGGCUCAGCAACUUGGACAGCCAGCGACCAUUGAGAAACCGCAACCCACUCCGCCCACAGUAUCACCAUGGCAAGCUAUGUCCCAGCGAAAGCCUACUCCGAUCAACAGCCCUGCGAUGGUCACCCCUUCCCAGCCUUCACGGACUCCAAGCACACCGCAAUUAACCAUGCGCCAAACCGUUGCAAAUAGUGGUAUAACGUCUAAACAGAAAGAGUCACAGCCUUCCCAGCCUUCUAGGUCUGCUUCUCGUAGCAUUAAAUCAUUACAAACCGGUCCAGCAUCCGCACUAGGUCCUGGAAUGUCGGUUUCAACAAAUCCUAUUCCGACGCCGCACUCGGUCCGCCAUAUCCCGCUUCCAUCUCAUUCGUCAACCUCUCCAAACCAUCAUCUCAGCAUGAACGAGAUUCUCUCUCAGCAACUAGCUGAGAAGAACUAUGUCCGCGACGCUGCUGCAAAGCGGAGUCUGCAGGAGAUUCAACAGGAGCAAGAGUUCCAGGAAUGGUGGGAUCAGGAGAGUAAGAGAGUCAUUCAGGAGGAAGAACAGAAGAAAAGAGCUGAUGAGAGGGCCGCUAAAGUCAAUAGAAGUAGGCCGAAGGGUCGAGGAGGCCGAGGUAAAAAUAAGGGGAAAGACAAGAAAGAUGUCGAGGAAGAUUCUGAGCGAGGUAAAGGGAGCCGAGAUGUCGGUGGAACAUUCGUGCCUCAUGAGUCUACGGUUCCAAAAUCAAUCCCAGAACAGGAAGGCGGCGAAAGAGGUAGGGGAAGGGGCAAGGGUUACAGAGGCAGUCGCGGUGGCGGAAGAGGAGGUAGGACGCAAGGGCCUGCGAAAGACGGCCCAGCUGCUCAAGCCAUCCCAAAGGAACAGCAUGGGGCACCAUAG